AUGUCUGACGUUGAAGCUGCUAAGCGCGCGGCCGCUCAGACCGCCGUCGCAAACCACUAUCCCAAGGAUGCUCGCUGGGUUGGUAUCGGCAGUGGCUCUACCAUUGUCUACGUCGUUGAAGCUAUUAAGGCCCUCGGUAUCGAUACUAGCGCCACUCGGUACGUGCCUACGGGAUACCAGUCGCGCCAGCUGGUUGUCAGUGCUGGAUUGACUGCCGUUGAAUUCGAUGCUCUUCCCGCUGGUACAGUGCUCGAUGUAGCGUUUGAUGGUGCGGAUGAGGUCGACGAUGAUCUGAACUGUAUCAAGGGAGGCGGUGCCUGUCUUUUCCAGGAGAAGAUCGUCGCUAUGCAAGCGAAGGAAUUCAUUUGCGUUGCUGACUCGCGCAAGCUCCAGUCGCGUCUCCUUACCAACUGGAAAUAUGUUCCUAUUGAGGUCGCUCCCAUGGCUGCUUAUCGUGUCUUGAAUAAGCUUAAGGAGCUCGGCAGUGUUGACCCUGUUAUCCGAACCAAUCCUGACCCGAAGGAGGGCCCGCGCAAGACAGACCAGGACUUUUUCCUCAUCGAUGCUCCUUUCCCCAUUAUGCUGACCCAGUCUGAUAUUGUGGCCGGCAAGGUUUCGGGCCAGGAUGGUGCUUGGGAGGUGAAUGACUUGUCUAAGAAGAUUAAGGAAAUUGUUGGAGUUCUUGAAGUUGGCAUUUUCUCUGGGUUGACUGGACCCCAGGCCUCUGCUGCUGGCGGUGUUGGUGGACAGCGACCUGUCGCGGCGUACUUUGGUAUGCCCGAUGGCUCUGUGUCAGUACGAAAGGCUUCUUCAUGA